AUGGCCUUCAAAAGAUUUCAAACUUCAUGGCUCUCUGCCACGUCCCUAAGCUGUGGCCUGGUGUUUGUUCUGUUGUGUUUUUCUCACUUGAGUCAUGAGUCUGCAGUGGAUCUCCAGCGUUUUAUCGGCUGUGCUGUCAGAGAAUUCACAUUCGUGGUCCAGAAGCCAGGAUGUGGGAAACUGAAGAUCACCACCGAUGCCUGCUGGGGGCGCUGUGAGACUUGGGAGAAACCAAUCCUGGACCCGCCCUUCAUCCAGUCCCGUCAGCAAGUGUGCACUUACAACCAGACGCAAUUCAUCACCGUCCAGCUGCCCAACUGUUCAGCCGGCGUGGAUCCGUACUACACCUACCCCGUGGCCCUGAGGUGUGAGUGUGGAGUGUGUGUGACCAGCACCACCGAGUGCAUCACCUCCAUCUGA